ACCCCCCAACCCCGCCACCCCACGCCUUAAAAGCCGGUGCACACUGCUCCGCCGCGUCCCGGCCGGCUCACCUCUCUUCUCCUCGUCAGCUCCAGCGCAGCCGCUCCCCCGGUCCUGGUCCCGGCACCAUGAGCUUCGGCUCGGAGCACUACCUGGGCGCCGCCUCCUCCUACCGCAAGGUGUUCGGAGACGGCUCGCGCCUGUCCUCGCGUCUCCCCGGGGCCGGCGGCGCGGGUAGCUUCCGCUCGCAGUCGCUGUCCCGCUGCAAUGUGGCCUCCUCGGCUGCCUGCUCCUCGGCCUCGUCGCUCGGCCUGGGCCUGGCCUACCGCCGGUCUCCGGCGUCCGACGGGCUGGACCUGAGUCAGGCGGCGGCGCGCACCAACGAGUACAAGAUCAUCCGCACUAACGAGAAGGAGCAGCUUCAGGGCCUCAACGACCGCUUCGCCAUGUUCAUCGAGAAGGUGCACCAGCUGGAGACGCAGAACCGCGCGCUCGAGGCCGAGCUGGCCGCGCUGCGGCAGCGCCACGCCGAGCCGUCGCGCCUCGGAGAGCUCUUCCAGCGCGAGCUGCGCGAGCUGCGCGCGCAGCUGGAGGAGGCGAGCUCGGCGCGCGCGCAAGCCCUGCUGGAGCGCGACGGGCUGGCGGAGGAGGUGCAGCGGCUACGGGCACGCUGCGAGGAGGAGAGCCGAGGGCGCGAAGGGGCCGAGCGCGCCCUGAAGGCGCAGCAGCGCGACGUGGACGGCGCCACGCUGGCCCGCCUGGAUCUGGAGAAGAAGGUGGAGUCGCUGCUGGACGAGCUGGCCUUCGUGCGCCAGGUGCACGACGAGGAGGUGGCCGAGCUACUGGCCACGCUGCAGGCGUCGUCGCAGGCCGCGGCCGAGGUGGACGUGGCUGUGGCUAAACCAGACCUGACUUCGGCGCUGAGGGAGAUCCGCGCCCAGUAUGAGUCCCUGGCCGCCAAGAACCUGCAGUCAGCUGAGGAGUGGUACAAGUCCAAGUUUGCCAACCUGAACGAGCAGGCGGCGCGCAGCACCGAGGCCAUCCGGGCCAGCCGCGAGGAGAUUCACGAGUACCGGCGCCAGCUGCAGGCACGCACCAUCGAGAUCGAGGGGCUGCGCGGGGCCAACGAGUCCUUGGAAAGGCAGAUCCUGGAGCUGGAGGAGCGUCACAGUGCCGAGGUGGCCAGCUACCAGGAUAACAUUGGGCAGCUGGAGAAUGAUCUGAGGAACACCAAGAGUGAGAUGGCCCGUCACCUUCGGGAGUACCAGGACUUGCUCAAUGUCAAAAUGGCUCUUGACAUUGAGAUAGCAGCUUACAGGAAACUGCUGGAAGGCGAAGAGACACGUUUUAGCACCAGUGGAUUAAGCAUUUCAGGGCUGAAUCCACUUCCCAAUCCAAGCUAUCUGCUCCCUCCUAGAAUCCUCAGUUCCACCACCUCCAAAGUCUCAUCCACUGGGCUGUCUCUUAAGAAAGAGGAGGAGGAAGAGGAGGCUUCUAAGGUAGCCACGAAGAAAACCUCCCAGAUAGGGGAAAGUUUUGAAGAAAUAUUGGAGGAGACAGUGAUAUCUGCUAAGAAAACCGAGAAAUCAAAUAUAGAAGAAAGCACCAUUUCAAGCCAAAAAAUAUAAUUCUGUUGCUUGAAAAAAGUUAAUGCUUAAGAGGGGAUAAUAUGCAUUUGACUUGUUAAACAGCCUAUUCCUGAUCCAAAACACCUGUCGCCACUAUACAAUGUUUUCAAGGCUUCAGUCUCAUAUUUAGCAUUGAAUACUUACUUUCUCUAAUAAGAAAACCACACCUUAGAUUGGAACAAACCACAGUCCUAGAGCAAUCACAGAGGAGUUAUCUAAGAAUGCAGCUUUCUCACCUAAACCUUAGGCUUCACAGCAAUAGAUGAUUCAGGUACAGAGGAAGUACAAACUAAGGUACUAAAUCUGUGAUCGUCAUCAUUUUGCUGUGAAUUGAAAUUAAAACCUAUAUUCACUCACCAUACCCAGCCAUUACCCAGCUAUUUAA